CGUGGGGAUAGGAGAACGUGUUGCUCGCGAGGGGAAGGGGCACGUGUUUUGUGUUUCUCGCUUCGGUCUUGGGGAGGAAAGGAGCCGCGUGGGAGAAGGGAAGGAGAUACUAGGACAGCUCAGCUGUAGCGCUGCAGUCAUGGACGCCUGGGACUCCGACCCCAGCCAAGGACCCUUAGGCCCGGGAGAACCCAGGGAUCCAGCUUCUAUUGGACACAGCAAAUCAAGGGCCAGUGCCUGGUCCUCUGAGGGUAGUGUUGGGGAUUCUGGAGUGUCCAGGGAUAUGUCAGCGGCUUUCACUGUUGCCCAGGUACAGAUCCGAAAGCAGAAUGCUAUCACAGAGAGAGAAAGAAGGAAACGAAUCUCUGUAAGUUGUGAGCGGCUUCGGAUCCUGCUGCCGAAGUUUGAGGGUCGUCGAGAGGACAUGGCCUCCAUCCUGGAGAUGGCUGUACAGUAUCUAAAGCUUGCUCGAACCCUUGUGCCUACAGAAGAACAAAGCACUAUUCUCGCUCCCUCAGAGGAGGUGUGUCAGAAGUGGCAGAAGAAUGUGUUGAUUCCAAAUGCCAGAAAGCAGAUUUCAGAGAUGAGAGCCUUUGAAACAGCUAGACAAAGGGUAUCCCCGGGCUGCCCGGCCUCUCCUGUGGAAAAUAAUACACCAGCACUGAUGUUGGGUGAGCCUGUGGAUAAUGCCUUGGAAGACACAUGUUCUGUCUUUGAAAAAGGGCUUUCAGAUUCAGCCCUGCUGCCUCAAAACCUGAGUCUUUCUGAUACUCCUGUGUGCUCCUGUGGAAGGAGCCCUUCUCUGCCUUGGCCAGCCGUUCCUCUAGAGACCUCAGCAGUGGGGAGAUGGCCAAGUGUGGUAGGCCUCUGUCCAGGGGAAGUCAUGUCUCAAGCACAGCUACUGAGAAAUACACAUGAGCCUUCUGAUGUCCUGAUGAUAUCCCCUGUGGAUACCAGGUCAAUGUCAGAAUCUGAAGUAGAAGAUGAGAUGCCUUUUCUGCUGGGUGCUCACACUGACCGAUGGCUUGGAGAGCAAGUUGAUCCAGGACCCGAGGAUGCCAAAGGUGGUGAAACCCAAACCUGUUCCAGGAUGGAUGCCAAGACUGGUUCCCAAGAUGGGCUUUUCUCCAAAUCAGACCUGGAGUUCUUGCCUGAACCUGAGCUCUGCCUCCCAGAGUCUCAGAGGAGCCUCCUGGACCAUUUGGAAUUUGAUUCAACCUCUAUGGCCCUAACUCCUCAGGAAGAAGUGGACAGUAUAUUUCCUUAUCUCUUUCCCUAUGAGUUAUGAAAUUUCUGAGCCUUGAAGGAAAUCACUGCUAAGUAGGUUGAAGGUGAAAGGGGACAGAAAAUAGAGAUUUUGAAGCAGCACAGAAACCAAUAUACAUCUGGGCACUUUAUUUUGGGUUUGGGUUGCAGCUGCAGCCUAAUUUGAGAGAGGGAGGGGAAGGCCAUGCUAAGUGAAGACUGAAUAUUGAAGAGAAGAAGCAAUUUUCUUGGAGGAAGCAAAACUUUUGUAACUUUAGCAUAAUUGAUAGAAUUCAGUAAGCGGAUCAGAGUGGAAGCUUAAUCAGGCAGUUCUGAUGGAGUUAGAUGAAAGUCAUCUGAUCCUAUCAUUUUGUUUCUGUGAAGGCCUUUUCACCAUCAAAUCUACAAAUAACUCUGACUCUUGAUUCUCUGGGGGAGGGUCAGUUGUUCUCUUUGUACUAUUUUGUUGGGUUUUUGGCCCAGAGAGAGUAAGAAUAAUAAAAAAUAACUC